AUGGAAUCCCUCAAUGCCAACGAACAGCGCGAGUUCCAGCAGCUCGUCGAGAGACGACAGAUGAAGGAUUUCAUGACGAUGUACUCGAACCUCGUGCAAAGAUGUUUCGACGACUGCAUCAACGACUUCACGUCGAAGGCGGUAUCGACGAAGGAGGAGACGUGUGUCAACCGCUGCGUCGACAAGUUCCUCAAGACCAGCGAGCGCCUCGGCCAGCGCUUUGCGGAGCAGAACCAGGCCAUGAUGCAGGGUGGCGGUGCGGGAAUGGGGAAAUAA